UUCCCAUGCUAGUUUAAAACUAGUUGAGUUGAUAUCUUUAUCCCCUCAUACUGAACCAGAAGACAGAACCAACUAGAUCAAGAAGUACAAAGAAAACAAAGAGAUGCGUUCCAUAUUUGCUCCUUGCAGCCUCCUCCUUUAUGUUCUAUUUGUUCUAAUGUGUGUCCAUGGACGUAGAGACUUGGAGAUUGCCGGAGGACACCGGAAAGUUGCUGACAAAAAGGUCUAUAAUUUGAAGCAUGACAUGGAUGACCAUCUGAAAAUAUUUGGUGAGCAAGAGGAAGACCAUGAUGAUGGCCAUAAAGGCAUGCAUGUAGAUGCUAUGGAUCAUGGGCAUGAUCAUCCAUCACCAUCCCACAUGGAUCAUAUAGAGCCUUCUCAGAAAAUCUUCUUCACUCUUAAAGAUCUAAAAGUGGGGAAAAAAUUGUCCAUCUAUUUCCCCAAUAGAGACCCUUCUAAAACCCCUCAUCUAUUGCCUAGAGAAGAAACUGAUUCCAUUCCUUUCUCGCUAUCAAAACUUCCAUUCCUUCUAAAAUUUUUCUCCUUCUCCAAACACUCCCCACAAGCCAAGGCCAUGGAAGGCACACUAAGACACUGUGAAACUCAACCCAUCAAAGGAGAGACCAAGUUCUGUGCUACCUCGUUGGAGUCCCUGCUCGAUUCCACACGUGGUGUGUUCGGAUUGGAGACACGUUUCAAAGUUCUGACAACCAACCACCUCACAAAUCCUACAGCCCCUUUUCAAAACUAUACUAUUUUGGAAGUGCCCAAAGAGAUCUCAGCCCCUAAAAUUGUGGCAUGCCAUGCCAUGCCUUACCCUUAUGCAGUGUUCUAUUGCCACAGUCAAGAGAGUGAUAAUAAGCUCUUUGAGGUUGUGCUAGGUGGUGAGAAUGGAGCUGAUAGAGUGCUCCAAGCUCUCUCUAUUUGCCAUAUGGAUACCUCUCAAUGGGACCCCGAUCAUGUGGCGUUCCGUGUGCUCGGUACCGAACCAGGAAGCUCACCUGUUUGCCAUUUCUUCCCGGCAGAUAAUCUUGUAUGGGUUCCAUCCCCUUUGUAAUAUGGUUCAUGUAGUUGUGAUGUAGUUUCCAUUUUGAGGUCCUAGUAGUAUAUAUGACCUUAAUUUGAAAUACAAUGUAUGCUUGCAUUUCUAGUGAAGUGCUAAUAUAUGUAUUUGGAAGAAGAGGCAAUGUUUAGUAUUUGGUGCUUCUGAUUUGCAGGGU